GUAGAUAUAAAAGGAGGGUACUUGGGCAUUGAACAGCAUCACGAUUUAGAAACAUAUAUUGAGGAAACCUCCACCACGUUUCGCUGUUACUGAACAAGCUUUGCAUUUCAAGAGAGGACAUUAUGGUUAUGCUGAAGAUUUCAUCGUUCCUUGCGGUUUAUGCCUUGGUUAUGUGCCAGAUGGAUAGCUCCCAGGCAACUCCACUCAGACCUGGCUUAGACUCUAUAACAGAUCGAGUGACGCUCAGUGAUUAUGAAGCUCGAAGGUUAUUAAAUGCAUUGGUAAAAGAAUUUGUUCAGAUGACAGCGGAAGAACUGGAACAGGCGAGUGAGGGGAACAGCCUGGAUAGACCUAUUUCCAAACGCUGUGCCAGUCUGAGUACUUGUGUGCUGGGCAAACUGUCUCAAGAAUUGCACAAAUUGCAAACUUACCCUCGUACUGACGUCGGGGCUGGAACUCCUGGCAAGAAAAGGAAUGUGCUGAGUGACCUGGAAAAUGAACGCUAUGCAAACUAUGGGGAAUCCCUGGGAAACAACUAGACAUGCUUAUUUCCACCUUUCUCCUUUUUUUUUAACUUGAUGCAUGUGGAUCUAACCUUGAUUGCUAAUUUUGCUAUGUUAUUUUGAUCCUGUUUUUGACAGAGAAUGUCUGAGAUGGACUUAAAAUUAGGAAGAUAAAGAACAUUACACACAUACCAAGUUAGAAAAAAAAACUACCGGUAUACACCAAAUAAAAAUAAUUAACAGCAUUGCCUUGAGAUUUCAAAUGAUUUUCUUAGGCAUCUAUUUAAAAAAAUCUAAAGAAAGCUUUUCAUUUCUGGCUAUUACAUGUACAGAUAAACUCUUCUUUCAUGCCUGCUCAUGCACUUGUUCAAUAAACCUAUUUUUCUAUGAGGAUUAGGCCUAUUGUUUUAUUUGUGUUGGAAUGCAAGCUUGCUAGACAAAGCCAGGAAAAUUUUACUAAUCUUUUCAGAAAUGAAGAAGAGUAGAACAAAAGUUGUAUAAUAAUUUAAUUCCAGAAUAGUUGAACUGUUGUACUAUGUUCUUAUAUAGUGGGAGAACCCCUAACACUUUUAACCGCGUUCUAUAUGUAUGUAUGCAUAUAUAAUUAGUCACUUGUAUGAACUGUUGAAAUGGCUAAGCAUCAAGAAAUGCAUAUAUUAAUUAGUGUGAAAACACUAGAAAUGUAAUCUAGAUUGUAAUCUCUUCUCAUUGAAUUCAUCCAGGUAAGAAUGUUAAUAUUUCUUUUUCAUUUUCCUUAAAAUUGUUUACAUGAAAAGUCUUUACAGUGAUGUAUUAACAUGGAUCACUGUUUCUUUUUUUACCAUGUAUAGUAGUUUUAGAAAUUACCUGUGAGAGACUUAUAUAUUAAAAGAUUGAAAAGGGGGACCUUUUAUGUCUGGGUAAAUCAUUUAAAAUCUUGUUUUCUGUUAAUUGAAUACAAUGAUUUUUAGAUUUAGUGCUGCUUUUGUACAUCUUUAACUCUCUCCUCUCCCCCCCCCCACCCGUAGAGCAUAUAUUUACAACAAGGGAACUGUUCAGAAAACAAUUGUAUUUGGACACAAGUAGUAGUGCUGUGGCACCUUGGAGACUAAUACAAAUAUAUAGUAUAAUAAGCUUUCGUGGACAAAACCCAUUUCAUUAGAUGAGCUGGAGUCAUUUAUUGGGACAUAAGCUUUCAUGGGCAGGAACCCAUUGUUAGGUGCCUCGUUGUUUUUGCUGAAACAUUAACAUGGCUAUCCCUCCAAAAUUCUUCUAUGGUACUGUUUCUAUGGUCCUAACUCAGGCAACAUUUCCAUUUAUAUCAGUAGGAGAUUAGCUUGAAUAAAGACUAUAAAAGCAUGUUCUCUAAGGUUCCAAUCCAGCAAAACACCUAAGCAUGUGCUUAAUGCUAAGCUAGUGAAUAGCCCCAUUAAAGUCAAUAGGAUCACUAAAAUGAUUAUUGCUCUGCUCUGUGAAUGCCUAAAUAAAGAACUAAGCUAUUUAAAUACUGCAAUCAGAUAUAUGAAAGAAGAAAAAUGACUGGAAAAUUAUUUUUAAAAUGUAGCACCUUCUUACUCUAAGUUUUUGCUAUGUUACUCCAUCAGCACUACAGAACCUACCUAGGUGAGGCCUAGCUAGAUUAUUUUACUACUUAUGCAUUAUCAACAGUUGUCUAUUAAGUCUGUUGGUGGGAAUGGAGUUGAUCAAUUGUUGAGGGCAUAUUUUGUCUACAGAACUUUAACUAUUGGUGACAUGGAUAAGAAAGAAAGAGCCUAGUUUGAAUUUCACAACCUGAGUUGAGUCUGUAGCUAGAAAAAGAAACAUUUUUAACUUUUAAACUAAGUGUACAAUAUACAAAUCCUUGAGAUGCAAUAAAUAUGGGACUCUACAAUUGCAUUUUUAUAGAUAUAUUUUUUCAGGUAAAACUACAUUUUAUUGAUUUUAAAGUGUUUUUAUUUUUAUUUUAU